AUGGACAACCAACAUGAUAGUGGACACGUUCCAUUAAAAAAGAAGCCAAAUGAUACUCGCACUGUGAUCACGGAAAGGAUGUCCGAUGUUAUGGAGAUAAAACAGGAGUGGAUAAUCAAAGAAGAGCCAGAAGAUCAUGCCGAAGUACCGAUGGUAUCCAUGCCAAGACCAAGUUACAGUGAAUCAGCAGUUAAAAUCGGCGUCGAGGUAGCAAACAACGGGCGGAACAUUGAAAAUUUGUAUGAAACGCAUGUGAAACUGGAGGUCAAAGCAGAAGCUGAAGCCGACAGCAAAGUUGAAUCGACGCAAAAAGAAAGCAAUCAAUCAGAUGGGAACGACACAUCGAAAAGAAACACUGUGAAGAAGCACCAGGCGAAAAUAGGUAAUGCGACACCGUCAUCGUUUGGAAAGUCGAAGCAAAUGGAUGUUGGGUUGAAAGGCAGAGCCAGAGCGGUGAUCAAUGCAACGCGUAAAAAACAGUAUGGGACGGAAAAAAACAAGAAACAGCACAAGUGCCCAUCGUGUGAUCAUGUCGCACGUUACCCAGCUGGAUUGAAGAGGCAUAUGUUGACGCACACUGGCGAGAGACCGUUCCGAUGCAGCAUUUGCUCCAACAGAUUCACACGAAAGACCGGUCUAAACUAUCAUUCAAAACUUCACACAAAUCCUCGUCCGGUGAAAUUCCAAUGUUUGGUUUGCGCCCGUUACUUCUCUCAAGAGGUGGAAAAGCAGCAGCACGAAUUGAAAUGCCAAAAUCGACGUUACGAAUGUUACUUGUGCAAGAGCUACGUGACAUUUCUUAAAUCUAGUAUGGUGUUACACAUGCGUGUUCAUCACACCGGUGUAAAACCAUUCCGAUGUGAAGUGUGCAAAAAAUGCUUCGUGCUGAAAUUCAAUCUUAAACGCCAUCUAAAACACAAUCAUAAAUAA